AUCAGAUUGCGUCUUGCAUGAACGUUAGGAAAUAUUUAACCAACGUAUAAAUCGAAUAUGUUGAUUGGCUAACGCCUUCCCGCUAACCAUUUUGCCGCCAUUUUGUUGGAAUUCUGAAUAAUGUCAGAGGAAAACACUAGCGAUGUUUCUCAAGAGGAGGUAAAGAUUGCUGAAAAAAUGGAGGCAGAAGAGGAAAAAUCUGUUGACACUGUCAAGGAAGACAGUCCAAAGAAGGAGGAAAGUGUUAAGUCAGACAGCAGUGAGGUUGUGGCUGAGAACAAGAAUUCAAGUCAAGAAAAUGAAGAUGUUGUGAAUGAGCAGGAUGAAGAACCACAAUUGGGUCUGUUAGAACGGCCUGUUGUUAUUGAAUCAGGUAAGCGGGAGAAGAAGAAAGUAGAAAGGCUAGAGAUGUCAGUAACUUCAGCCAAUGACAAGAAAAAAAUCCUCAUUCCAGAAGGCACGGGAGAGAAACUCGGUGACUGCCCCAUCAUUGAAUAUCAAUUGAAUCGAGUAAAGGCAGAAAAUCUGAAGAUAAUUCAUCGUGCAUUGUUUGACCGGCCAGGAUCGCUGGUUGAAAUUAAACGUAAUAUUCGAAAAUUCAAUGGAUUUGAUUUUGGAAAAGACGACAAACGAUUUGACAAAAAAAGGGCUUUAUUAGCAAAGAACACUACGGCAUCGCUGAGAAAAAUAUGUGAAAUUCUGGGGCUGGAAAGAGGAGGAGCAAAAGAUGAAAUACUCAAUAAGAUAAUGGACUUCCUUGUGAAACCAAAGGAUACAGGCAAGAGUGUUCCUAAACCGAAAAAGAAACGGAAAUCUGGUGAAACCAAGUCAAAGAGCAAGCCCAAGAAAAACAAGAAGAAAUCAUCUAGUUCUCAAAAGAAGAAAGUGGUGUCGUCUGACUCUUCUGAGUCUGAUUCCGACGAGGAGGAGGAGGAAGAGGAACAAGAAGAUGAAGAGAGUGAACAAUCAGAAGAAAGUGAAGAAGAAGUAAAAGAGGUGAAGAAAAAGAAGAAAUCUAAACCAGAGAAGAAGCCAUCGAAAGAAAAGAAGAAAGAGAAAAAGAAGGAAACCCCCAAAAAGAAAGUGGUUGCCAAAAAGCGAAAAGUUUCUGAUGUUUCUUCUGAUAGCUCAGAUGAUGAACCCAUCAUCAAGAAAAAGAAAUCACCUCCUUCGGAUGAGGAGUUACAUGAAGACGUGAAGAAAAUUCUGGAAGGUGCCAACCUAGAAGAAGUCACUAUGAAAACUGUUAUAAAGCAGGUAUAUGCAAAAUAUCCUGACUUUGAUCUCACCCAAAGGAAAGAAUUCAUUAAAUCAACUGUAAAACAGAUCAUUUCCUGAGUUGUGUGUUGUAGUAUUGUAUUAUAUAAAGCUGGAUGGAAGAUUUAUCAAUCACAUCUGUGUAUGAUGAGAUUGGGUGGACGGUUGGGCCAGAUGGGGGGUAGGGAGUAGGGUGGGGAGUGUGGGAAGGGUAUCAAGCAUUUCAUUGUCCCCUUAUCUCAUCAUGGCUCUAUAAUAUUUCACUCAUUCUCCCCACCUCUUUUUAUUUUUCUAUCUCUCUCUCCACAUAUUCUACAUUUUCAUUGUAAUUUUCUUUCUCAAUGGUGGUGAUGGUGUUAACAGUGAUAGAUGUGAUGACAAAGAUGACGACAACGACAACUGGCUUAUUCCAUUAUUCUACUUCAAAAUACUUGACAUUUUGUGGGGUGGAGUGUUUAUCCCCCCCCCCUACUGUAAGUAUUCUAUCUUCCCCAUACACACACACACACAUAUAUACAUACAAACACAUAAGGUGGGGGAAAUUAGUGCUCAAAUACGAAAGGCAGAGUAAAGUACUCUUUUAUUAAAGCUAAAAAAGAAACUUCACAAACUGCUGCUCAGAGUUGUUUCACAUGACUAUUCAUCUGAUGGUUCUUGUAAUACACACCAGUAAUGGAAUUUUAUAAAUUGUGAGUUUAUUUAUGGAAACCAGUUCAACGAAUAAGCAUUUAAAUUUGAUUGGAUAACUAAUUUUUUUUUAAAUUUAUACAUAUAUAUAUACAUGCAUUUAUACAGAAUAGGCCAAAAAGUCACAAACCAAAAUUAAAACUCAUUUAAUUAUAUUACAUAUUUCAAAGACAACACGUUUUUAUUUAAUUACAAAGCCAA